AUAUGAUCCCUUUAGUGGUUACAUAUUGAAGGCUAUUUACAUAUAGAAUUGAUGCACAAAACUUUAAAGCACAAUUAUUGACCUGAAAAAUACAAGUUAAAAUAGUUGAUCAUCUGGGAUAGUCCACAGGCAAGUCCAUUACCUCCAUGACAUUUUUUUGCCUAUAUUCUGUCUCCUCUUCCACUCAGUUCUUUAGCUUUUGGAGGUAAUCAGUAUUUAGGGAGUUUCCUCAGGCUCUUCUUGUAGAGGUCACAAGGUCAAAAUUUCUAAGUUUGCCUCUUCUAGAGUGGCGUGUUGCUGACAGCUUGUCAAUGAUUUUCACCAUCUCCAUUGUUAGGGCUUUAUGUUCAACUCCCCUCAUACCAGCUUGAAGCAUUGCUCUAAUUCAAGGAGCAGUACCUUUUGUUGACCUUUUAGGGAAAUAGGAGUGAUUCCUCAUGCAUGAGAAGUUAAUUAAAGUAAGACCAACGUCGUCUGUUAUGUGUUAAAUACACAACGCCCUGUUUUAAAUUUCCAUAAUCAGUUCAGGACAUUAUCACCAAAAGACUGGAGCCAGUUUCGAGACACUUCCAAGAAAAGAGGAGGCCAAGAGGAACGGUAAGAAAAUGUAAAAACGUUUACAAUGAGGACAAUAAUGGAUGAAUAUCACUGACAAGAAAUACGUGGACAUGUAAUUAUGAGGAUAUCCAGUAAGCGACCACUAGAUCAGGAUCUCUUGACAUCGAGCCUGGCUUCUAUCAACUUGACCACCACAGAUCUCAGUAAGCUGUGUCAGAGAGUGGGAGUGCACGGAAGAGGCAGCCGCAGCUGUGGUCGGUCGGCAGAAUUUGCAGGUGUGAUGGCAGAGGCUGCUUGGGUUGGCGUUAUCCACUGCCAGCACGUGAUGAAGUACGACCGCUGGAACUGUUCCUUGGGGCACAGCAGGUUGAAAAUCAUGAAGAAAGCAUUUCGUGAAACAGCCCUGAUGCAGGGUAUCUCAGCCGCCGCCAUGACGCACGUCGUGUCUCGCGCCUGUUCCGCCGGCCGGUUCUCGAGGUGCUCCUGCGACGACUAUUCUGCCGACCGCACAGAGAACCUGAAGGUGUGGAGGUGGGGUGGCUGCGGCGACAAUCUUAGAUACGGCUCCAGGUUCGCCCACCGGUUCUUCAUUGGCGGGAAGAACAAGAGGCAGCCAAAAAGCAGAAUGGGCGGGAAAUCUAGGCCGCCCACGCUUCCAGCAAAGUCAGCCUCGAAAGAACAGCAAAGUCGAGACUUCAAGUCGCACAUAGAAGCUCACAAUGCAAAAGUGGGGAUAGAGGUCGUCGUAUCUGGCAAAUCUCGCUCGUGCAAGUGCCACGGCGUUUCGGGAUCGUGUACCAUGCUGACCUGCUGGUACCAGCUUCCUUCCUUCACCCUCACAGCGGAGGUCAUCAGGGGCCUUUAUGAGUCCGCUUACCUGGUUCCAGCGACCAACGUGGCGCAGCUGCUUCCAAAACUGAAAAAGCGAAAAAACGACUUGAACAGACAUCGAAGAGAGAUAACGAAAAACCUGCGAAGGCCGCACAGUCUUCGAAGGGAAAAGACGGCAGUUGACGCCAGGGAUAACAGGGAAGAAAUCCCAACUUUCCCGCCCGGCGUUCCAGAAGCUUGGCGGGAAAAGCCCGAGUUGGUCGACGUGGAUCAACAUCAGAUCAACCUGAAAGAAUACGAAGAGACGGAAUUUCUCGCCAAAUCGUGGAAGAAGAAUAGGAAGAAUCUAUCUAAAGGCUGGGACCAGAACCGCCUCGUUUACGUGGACCGAUCGCCAGACUUCUGCCGUAAGAGCGAGUACAGUCCCGGAACAGAGGGGCGGAACUGUGAGAGGGGGGAGAAUUGUGAAACUCUCUGCUGCGGGCGAGGUUACGACACGACUGUGUCCGAAGUGCACGAGCCGUGUAAAUGUAGUGUCGUGUGGUGUUGCAAAGUCCAUUGUCAAAACUGCACGAAGAUUGCAGAGGUUUAUACGUGCAAAAAGGCCCGAGUGGAAAGGGUUCUGAUGAUGUGGGGAUGAAUAUUGUAUAAACGUUGUGUAGAAGUGAUAAGUGUUUCCCAACAGGACCCAUUACUAAAUGACCAGAUGGAAAAUGAACCUGCCAAUACUAUACACUUGGAUUUUUUUUAGCUUGUAAUUUGCUUUAUAAUCCCUAAUUAGGCGAAGUUGUAAAUAUCUAUAUUAUGUUUUUUGCAAUGACAGUCGUCAACUAGUAAUGAAAACUGCAUUGUACAAAAGGAAGUGAGUUUUUAAGAAAGGUAGAAUUUCUCUUUAUAUAUUUCAAGAACAACUAUUCAUAGAGUAACUUCUGUAGCACCGGCUAUAAUAAAUUUUUAUUGCCUUCAAUAUAGAUCAUAAUUUUGCCAAUCGCGAUCAUGUAAUUUCGACUGUUUUUCUUCGAGCUUGCUUGAAUAGCAAAACAUUUAAGACAGGAAGACACUAUGUACCUGUGACUGUGAUUUAUUUUGUUACAUAGGCAGUUUUAACCACCCUUAUAAAUACUUUGAUACCUUCAAAGACUAAAAUUAUUUUGAUCCCAGUUCACAAAUGUUACCUAAAAAUCGGUUAUAAACACGACAGCUAACAUGAGCGCUAAAGAAACAAAUUAAUAUUGGACAGUUUUAAUCACUCGAAAAUGAAAUGAUGUUUUAGGCAUUAUGCUCUUUUUAUAAUAAAUGAGUUUAAGAAUUACAUCUAUGUCUGUAGGUAAGCGUUUCUAUAAGUCCUCACUAGAGGAUGGUAUGUUAUUAAGGAGUUUUGAUAAGAGAUAAAAAAUUUAAUGGUUUUUAAGGAAAAUGAAUAGUAUGUAUUAUUUCCAUUCCUCCCCUAUGUUUUAGCAUUACUGAUCUCAUUAUAUGCUCAGAUAAAUAAAUAAAGGCACAAAUAAAUUAAUAAAUGAAUUAAUAAAAUAAAGAAGAAAGCAUGACUAUGCUAUUUCUUUGUCUAUAUUUGUUCGAUAGAUGGAAUUUCGUAAAAUCUUUAUUUAUGUAUACGUCGAUAGUGGAUGUAGCUCAUACAUUAACUCUCAACGGAAGUCCUAUAAAUUAUCAUUUAUUGGUUUUGGUUGUGGGAU